UCAAAGUCAAACUUUUGACAAAUUCCUGAAACAUUCCAACUUGCAAGAACAAAAAGGAUCAAAACCUGCAACUGUUUUCACAAUCAGAUAACAAAAAUGGAGGAUACUAUAAAAGUCAACGAAGAUGCCGAUGAAGUCAACCUUGAAGUUGUACGAGUAUUAAACAAAGCAUCGGAAGAAAUCGUCGACAGAGUUGACCUUUCCGGUCAACAAUUAAAGUUUCUUCCCGAACAAUUCGGAAAGCUCACAGCUUUAGUUCAUCUCAAUCUCUCCAAUAAUCACUUACAGGUGCUUCCUGAUUCGAUUGCAGGAUUACCGAAACUAGAGGAACUUGAUGUUUCAUCAAAUCUUUUAGAAUCCUUACCGGAUUCCAUCGGCUUGUUGACCACUCUCAAAAUCUUGAAGGUGUCCAGCAACAAGCUUAACACCCUCCCCGAAAGCAUCGCCUUUUGCAAGUCAUUGGUAGAAUUACAUGCAAGCUUCAAUAACUUAAAGUUCUUGCCAACAAACUUCGGUUACGGACUAGCAAACCUUAAAGUACUCUCGAUUGGCCUCAACGAACUACGUUUCCUUCCAACGACCAUUAGUGAACUCGAAUCUUUAAAACACCUAGAUGCUCAUUUCAACAAGCUUCAUGGCGUUCCGUCUUCAAUAGGGAAAUUGACGAAUCUUGAAGUUUUAAACUUGAGUAGUAAUUUCAGCAAUUUAACAGAAUUACCCGACACAAUUACUGAUCUUGCAAACCUUAAAGAGCUUGAUCUUAGUAACAAUCAGAUCCAGAUUCUUCCUGAAUCAUUUGGUCAACUUCAGAAUUUGACCAAACUGAAUUUGGAUCAGAACCCACUUGUAGUUCCUCCUAUGGAGAUUGUUAUUAAAGGAACCAAGGCUGUGAAAGGUUUUAUGGUUAAGUGGCGGCUUGAGAAUAUUGCGGCUGAAGAACAGCGGCGUUUGGCUGAACGAAAUGAUGGGAAUCAGGGUGGGUGGUUGAGUUGGGGGACUGAAAUGGUUAAUUCUUAUUUUGGUCAAGGUAAAUCUUCUGGUUCCAAAGAUUCAUACUUGGAUCAGUUAUUGUAAGUGUGUAUGAUGUUUACUUAUGUUGCCUAAACAAGUGAUGAUAAAUAUAAUGUUGUUUCAGUGUGUUUAAAA